CAAGUCAACUGGCGAUCGCAGCGCCCUCAAUUCAAUCACGUGACGACGCGCCAAAUUCAAAAACAAAAUCAAACAAAAUGAAUUUAAAUGAAGUUCUCGACAGUUUGCACAUUUCGGAACAGAGCGGACACGUUAUUAGCACAGAAGAGGGGAUAAUCCUCCACAAUUCGCUCCUGAUUUUGCAAAACGAGAACCACUUCCGGAAAAUCUUCUUCUGGGGGCGCAUCUGUGGCACCGAUAACGAUUAUUACGUGGCUUACGGGUACAGGAGCGACGCCCUCCACGACAGGGUGAUUUACUACAGUACCAAUUGCGUCAAUUGGGGUUUGCUCCCCAAACCCAAAGACUACGCCAGAAAAUUAGCCCCUUUGUGCACAGCGCGGUUCCAAGGGGACCCGGCUUUAGUCCUCGAUGUUUUGCUCGAGAAAGACGAGAUGAGUUUCGGUGAGCCCCUCCCCGAGCCCCAGGUCAAGCGACUCAAGGAGGAGGACCGGUUGUCUGCGACCGUGCAUCUCAUAAACGAGGAGGUUUCAGUGGUGCCAAGAGGGGCGCUGUACAAGCGCACCGAUGGGGUGGUUGUCGAAAACCGGGCUUUUGAGGGUCUCACCCCCUUGGAGGCCCGCGAAAUUAAGAGUUUCCUGCAUUAUAGAGUGCCCACACGAAAGUGGAACACGAAUUUGCUCACAAGAGACGACUACAAUUAUGCAAUUGAUUUUCUGGAUCCUCUGGAUGUUGAUAUACCAGAAGGGUGUUGGUUGCAGAAUUUCACAGCAGGGGAGGAGAUGGUGGUGUUGAAGUCGUUGUAUUGGCCGGGGAUGGUCUUCUACCACUUUAUUAAAACGCCCAAAUAUGGGUUUGUUUAUUUCGGGAAUGGGGUCAAGUGUCUCGAUGUACCCUUUUUCCUCAAUGGAUUGUAUCCGGUUUAUGAGGACUUUUUCCAAGGCAAAUAAAGUUCA